GUGGACCGUUGGCGAUGAUGAGCGGCGCGCCCUGAGGGGAAGCGGCUGAGGUCGGCUGUGUCCCCGUGUAACGGGGGCGGGCGUAACGGUCGUAAGCCCCUGAGGGGCUGCGGGCAGCCCGGGGUCGGGCCCGGCCGCAGCCUCAGGCAGUGCGUAAGGGAGCUCUGGCAAAGAGUUUGAUGGCGGCAGGGCGUCCUGCGGGUAACACCAGGCAGCGCUAGGGCACGUAUGCUAAGCUCGUUGAGGUUUUUUAGCUGCUUCUCUCCUCUUGGUAUCAUUUGAAAGCUUUUUGCUAAUAAAUAUCUUCUCUUUCACUCCGGGGCCUCACCAUAAGGGACUAUUUUUUCAGUCUGCAGAAGGAACCGAGUCGUGGUCCUCCAAGCUGGCUGCUUAACUGUCCAAAGUCCCAGCUUGUCUUUAAGCCACGUCAGUCUGAAAGCAAAGCUGGUCGCCUUGGAUUUUUAAAGUACAAAAUUCUAAGUAUCCCCUGAGAAAGCUGAUUCUCUCUUACUAGAUGCUUGUACGUUUAAGGCAUACUAGUUUUGUAGUGUGUAUUUUUAUAGCAGUGGAGUUCUGUGAUUGCCAGUGGACAGCAACUAAACUGUUCCAGGAAAGACUUAACUAAUUGUAAUGGUAUACAACACCACACUUCACAGGUUAUGAGGCAGAAGCGAUAUGAAAAUUGUAAGCUAUGAAUGAGACAGGAACCUUGCAGUUCAAUGUCAUAUGAAAUAACUCCUGGGGAAAAGGCCAAAUUAAAUGAUUCAUCUAAAUAUUCAAGUCUAACAGUUUUCAGUGGGAAAGGAUUUCAUUGGUGAGCUCUGUUGAAGGAGGCAGUGUGGUAAGGCAGAGCCUUUAGUUAAAUAAUAAUACAGGAUGACACUGUAGGGAAGAGCUGAAAAAGCAUAUCCAUAAUAGUUAAUGUUAUUGAUAAGGAGAAUACCUUGCAUUGUUCCAGUUUGCAUAUUGUCUUAUUCUGUGAUUGUACUUCCUGAGCUUUUUUUUUUUUUUUUAGUAGUUUAUUGUCAAUCUGGGGAUAAUCUUAAUAUUUAAACUCCCAUUCUUGGUUAUGCUGUAUUUCCAGGAGGAUGGCAUGUGAAGUAGUUGUUCUGAUGCAGUUCCUCAUGGUCUGAUUUAGAUCCUACACCUGGAUUUUUAAACAGUCAUUUUGGGAGCAAUGUGAAUCUUAAAAUAUUUGGGGCAUCCUAGAGAAACUUCUAGGAAACAAAACUAUACGGAACAAGAACUGCUGCAAGGUGCUGAUUAAUGAGUUGGUUCUGUUGUUAACAGAACAUGUCAUUAGUAGUAAUGAGGCUGGCUGUAAGUACUAUAUUAUAAAGUUGGAAUUACCAGUUUAGUGGCACAGUGUCAUGAUUUGGAAGGUAGUCCUGAUAGUUAUUAAAAAGCUCAUAAUUCUGACAAAAUGAAUGCUUUAGCACUCUAUUUGUAAGAUAAGUUGGUUUUUGUGGCCUGGUCUCAUAAACUUUUGUGCUAAACUUGUAGAGUAUUGCAUACAUCAGAAAAACAGCCACUAACAUGAUCAUAAUUAUGAUCUCACUGAUAUAUUUAGAAAAGAUACCAUGAUGCUUUUGUAUCUUUUAAUUUAAUUUGAUGCCUCUGUGUUUCUUAUACUGGAAGAGACAGUGAACAGUUAUUCCUUGUUCACCUUCUCCCAUGCCGUUUUUGCUCUUACAGACCUCGAUGAUGUCUGCCUGCCAUCAUCUCCUCUGUGGACUGAAGAACCUUUUGUUUCUUGUAUAAAAGCUGUUCUGUAUCUUUCAUAAUCUUUACAGUUCUUCUCUGAACCUUUUCCAGUGCAUCUGUGUUCUUUUUGAGAUGGAGGGGCAGAAUUUGUGUAUAGUAUCCAUGAUGUAUAUUGUGCAUUUAGGUGGUGGCGUAGGCCUGGUGUCUCAUGUGCCAUUUGUCUCAUCUGCACUCUUGACUUUAGUGGUGCGUGUGGGCAGUGUUUCAUUGCAGAUAUGUUUCUUAAGGUCUCUCUUGUACUAACUUUUUUACCAGUCAUAUCUUCCAUGUGCUGUACUCACCAUUUGUGAGUUCAUACUAUGAAUCUGAAGUCUUGUCUCCAAGAGUUGUCUUGGAGUAAGCAGGUUUGAAUGGCUUGCGGUAUGCUAGGUGUUUUGACAUGUGAGAUUGAGUGUCAGUUCAGAUUAUGAGUAUGAAAAAAGCUAGAACUAGAAUGGAAAUCUCUUCACCUUUAUUUUGAUUUUUAAACUCUUGCCUCAAAGUUCUUUUGUAGGUGCAUAAUAAGUGAAAGCACAGCUUUUUUCAUAUUGAAGAUUUGAGAGUGUUUUUUAUGUUUAGUGAUGGACCUUGUGUGCACUGAGUACCACGUGUCUGAUUCCUAGUCUGUUCUGGAAAGUACUUUCUGUAAGGGGAGGUGAAAAUUGAGGAGGGUAUUGAAUUUGUUUUGAUUUAAUAGAUGUUAGCUGACUUCUGUUUUUUUCCUCUUUGCCCUUUGAUAGACAAGUCCAUGAGGUCCAAUCUCACAUGGGGCGUCUGGAGACAUCAGACAAACAAUCAGUACACUUAGUAGAAAAUGAGAUUCAGGCAAGAAUAGACAAUAUAUUCAGCAACUUGGAACGUCUAGAAAUCCUAUCCAGCAAAGAACCUCCCAAUAAGCGACAGAAUGCUAAACUCCGAGUUGACCAGCUGAAGUAUGAUGUUCAACAUCUGCAGACAGCCCUGAGGAACUUUCAACAUCGCCGAUACAUCCGAGAGCAGCAAGAGCGACAGCGAGAAGAGUUGCUUGCACGUACAUUCACUACUAAUGAUUCUGACACCACCAUACCGAUCGACGAAACGUUACAGUUUAAUGAAUCCCUGCAGAAUGCCCAUCGUGGCAUGGAUGAUCUUAUUGGCAGUGGGACCAACAUCCUUCAGGGGCUGAGGGACCAGAGAGUGACACUAAAGGGUACUCACAAGAAGAUGCUGGAUGUUGCUAACAUGUUGGGCUUAUCCAAUACAGUGAUGCGACUGAUUGAGAAGCGAGCCUUUCAAGAUAAAUACUUCAUGAUUGGGGGAAUGCUUUUGACUUGUGUAAUUAUGUUUCUUGUGGUGCAGUACCUGACAUGAGCUACUGAACUAUUGCCAGAGGAGAUAAUCUUUUGGAGCAAAACAGACUGCCCUCCAAAAUGUACUGCCUACUUUCCUCUGGGUGCUGCUUGGAUGAGCCCCUCCUGGGAACUUCAGAGUUUACAAGUCACACUCAGAUUCACAUCUCACGUGGAAAGCACCUAGGGGAACACAUUUCUCUGGAGAUGCUGUAGUUGAGAACAUGACCCUAUGAAAAUAUCCGUAGCCUUUCCUAUGCUCACCUUACUGUCUGUAAGUUUAAGAAGCUGGUUAAGUAGGAAGCAGAAGUGAAUAUUUUGCCCAGCUGUAUUGCAAGGUAUGAGUGCUCUUUUGGGUAGAUAGGGAGAAGAGGACGCAGAGGCAGAGUGUGAGAUGUAGUAAGCCUUUCCUGUGCUAACUAGAAGUGAUCUCAGUAUAUUUUCUACAGAAAGCAAGCCACUGACGAGCAUUCUGCAUUGUUUGUGGGCACGUUCCUGGCAGAGUAAGCGUGCAAGAAGAGGCAGGCAGCGAAGGGUUCCCAUCUGCAUACCCUUUUUCUGGGAGGGAGAAAGAUUUGGGAGGAAGGGUCAUAACUCUAAAAGCAUGGUAAUAACCUCUGCUAACUUUUUUAUACAAUACAAUACAGCCCAAAUCUUCCUGUUUUAAGGCUGAAAAGCUUCUCAUCUUACCUGAGGUAUGUUUUGGUACCUUUCUGUGCCCUGCUGCUUCCCAGUGGAAGCUGAAUGCUGUACUGCCUUCUGCUUAGUAGAAGGUUUUACAAUGUCUCCUGUAACCACUGUUCCUUUCCAUUUCACCAUUUGGUUAGGAAAUGCUGUCUCAUUCUCCUCCGGUCAGAUGCAGAUUAGGCUUGUCACCUCCACUGUGCCUAGUACCAAAUCCAACCUCCAAAGACUGUAAAGACUUUGACAUUGUUGUUCCUAGGGCAUAUCAUGUUUCAGGUGAGUUGUAUUUCUUUUCUGAGCUGGUUGGUUGGGGUUUUAUGCUUUGCAGCUGGUGUUUGUAGAUGACAUGAAGCAGGCAAGUCCUUGCUCUGCUCAAAUUCUGCCUUGUAAUUUUUCUGUUUAAAUCUGGAAGGGGCUUUCUCUGCUCUUCUUUACAUUCAGAAUAAUAGUGGGAUCAGGGCAAGGAACCUUUCAUUUAAAAUCAGUUGGCAUGGGAGGAGAGUUUUCUGAAGUUGUCUAUUUGUAUUUAAAUAUUCACAGUUAUGAAAUGACUUGUUUUUUAAAUAUGGCACUCCUUUCCUCUGGACUCUGGUAGAGUGGCCAUCCGGAGAUUUUGGGCAUCAUCCAUUUCAAACAGCCUUUACAUACAUUCCCUCCCCCCAAUCCUGUAUACAAGUCUAGAGCUUUCCAGAUAUCUAACAGUGGCACAGAGGUGCCAUAUUCCGAUGACAUGGCAUUCUGCUGGGAAUUCCUUCAGCUUUUGCUAACUGGAACGGUUAUGGAUCUUUUAAUUAGUAACAGUUUACGAGUUCUACAUCUUAUCUUUCUUUGAUGCAAGAAACUUUUCUCUGAUUAUUAUGCAGCCUGUUGCAAACUUGGAAAAAUGGUAUUAAUAAUUGUAAAAAAUGAAAUUUCAGUUAAUAUGGGCAAGUAAAGCAGGUUUCAGCAGUGCUUGUUUACAGUUGUGUAACUAAAGCAUUGACUGACCGAUGUGCUGUUGCAACACCUUUAAAGCUCAAAAGAGACUACUCAAGUUCAUUAGGUGUCACAGUCCAGUCAGCUUCAUAUAUUGAACCCAGGACACGUGAAGCAUCAGUUGUCAGAGGGCUAUCUGGCUGCAUCGCAGACACAGCAGUGGAGGCUGAGAUGCCA